AUGGAUCUCUCACCUCGAGCUGCCACUUUUGACUGCGGUCCAAGGCUCCUGAGGGAUAUUUGGACGCUCACUGGUAUCGCCAUUUUCAUAGUCGCCUUGAGGGUAACUGCAAAAAUAAGAAUUCGGAAAUGGGGCUGGGAUGACAUUCUCAUGGUUUCAGCAUUGGUUAGCCUGCUCGUGUCAUAUCUCAGGUGUCUUACUAUAGUCGGAUCAGCUCUGAUUACGGUGGGCACCAAAUAUGGUUUCUGUCGCCAUGUUUGGGACCUCGACACAAAGAAGGUCGUUCCAAAAGUUAUCAUGUUCGACUAUUUGACACAGACAUUUGGCAUUGCUGGCGGUACUUUGGGUCGGAUUUCCUUCAUUAUCUUCAUCAUUGGACUACUGGGCACCAGAAAAUCACACAGAGUGAUACUGUGGAUCAUAGUUGGGUUACAAAUCGUGACUAACUUGAUAUUAAUUAUCAUUUUAUUUGUCCAAUGUCCAGGACAUGCUUCCGCCAUCUGGGCACAGAAUGGGGAGCAUAAAUGCUGGGAUGUCCGCGUUCAAGCAUACUACGGGUACUAUCAGGGCUCGUUUAAUUCGGCGACAGAUCUUUAUCUGGCAGUUUUUUCAACAUAUAUAUUCUGGAAUCUGAAUUUGAAGUUAAGGGUCAAGAUAGGCUUGGUCAUACUUCUUGGAUUGGGCAUUUUUGCAAUGGCAGCCUCCGUUAUUAAAGUAGUGCAAACCCAAGUCCUCGCCCACGCAGCCGAUGACCCGACCGUCGCGACCGUCAACUACAAUCGCUGGUUAUACAUCGAAGCCUACCUAGUCAUCAUAACAACAUCUAUACCCUGCAUCAGAUCCCUAGUAGGGUCUGUUCGAGGGUGGAAAGCUGGAACAGGACAGAGCAAAUAUGAGCUGAGUUCGCCAUAUGGUGGAAACUCCAUACCUACACCUAGAUCCCGGAGAUUGACAGCAACAAUUCCCGGAAAGUCGAUGAUACGUAUCUCUGAUAAUUCUAGCGCGGAUAAUAUUUUGGAAUGGAAUAAUAAUGAGGUUGAUGGAGUACGCGAAAUGACGAACAAAUCGAUACAUGUGCAUGUAUAG